AAAUCCUGCCAACCUCUUGUCAGAUUUUUUGUUUCUUCACUACUCUCCAAAGCAACAAUGAAUCGAUCACUCACCCGCAGCAAGACCAUCAGACGUCAAUCAAAGUUGACCAUUGAUGUCCCCAACGCUUCUAGCAGAUCCAUUAGCUCUGCUUCUUCCACCACCAGCGAUGUCUCCUCUGAAGACUCCUCACUGCAAUCUUUCAAAGACGAAUCAUACGAUACAUUUGCUUAUUCCAAUUUCUACUUGAAACUUCCUAAUGGAUCAUGGAUGCUUCGCUAUCGAACUGGUGACCGAAAGAUAUUAGGCACCGAAGAGAUCUCUGGUUGCUACAUUUAAUUGGUUGUGUUGGAACACAAUUGGGCUCCAUCAACGCUCGUACCAAGUUGGCUUCAACAUCACACAACUAUCUUGUCAUUCGCACUUGUCUAUUGCAUCCUAUUACAUCACAUCUCAACUUCCAUUAUCUGUCACCUCGACUACUCUGUAAAUACAUUCAAGCCUGUGCACACAUAUUACCAGUAGUGCUUAUUACUCCUAUAUAUAUAUAUAUGCUCACCUCUCAAUUCCAUUGAUCUGGAAUCCUUAUGUAUAAACAAUAAAUAUGAUACUUUUUGAUGAUAU